AUGCAAAACGACCUUGAACUCACCCAGGCAACCCUCCUUUUCCACUUCGCCCUCCUUUUCGGUGGAAAUCGAGAAGGCAUGAUGCAUUUGCAAUACCAACGAAAUGUGCUGGUUACGAUGUGUCGCCCUCUUCUCGUUCCCGGCAUUCUCUUCGCAAAGUGCUGGAUUGCAUCUAAUGCUACCGUAUUGACCGAAGAUUGGGGUCGGUGGGUUGCAACAGAGUCUUGGAAGAGGGUUGUCUAUUUUACGUGGUCUGACUUGAAGGGAUCAGAUCCACAGGAAUGCCCCGGUAUUCUUUCUCUUCUCAAGAUGGAUGUUAUUGACCAGGAGCGCAUCAGCCAGUUGAGCGACCCGGGGCUUUGGAUAACGGCAGUUUCGAUAUAUGUUGCCGACAGGCAAGCUUCUCGGCAGCAAUCAUUACAUUUGUUAUCCGGUACGCAUAAAACAUCCAACCAACGGAAUGUGGAUCCUCCAGAGGUAGUCCACGCUGCCGGGCACGAAGAGGAUACUGUUGACGCUAUUCUUGGUCAUUGUCAACAAGUUAUUACCGAGCGCCGCCACGACUCGCCUAUGUGUCUCAUCGUCACAAAAUUUUCUCUUAUACUUAGGCUGCUCCGCUUCAUCGAAUAUCGCCUGUUAUAUCUCUCUGCAGGAUGGAUGGCCCAGAAAGAGGAGGUUCGUGCCGCCAGACAACAUAUCGCAGAUCUACUACACGCCCAACCUAGACAAGCUCGCAGGGGCCUUUUACAUGCUGCCCAGCUGUUCCGCGUAAUCCGUUCCCAGUGUCAAUUUGACCCCUUCGACUCCUUUCUUCUACUGAUGGUUAUUCUCUACAUCUGGAAUUAUGUCAAAUAUGUGAUCUCGCAUUCCCCUUUGGAUGAAGGCGGUGAGGCUAUUUUCCGAAUCGACCAAAAUACCGAUGAAGAUUUACAGGAAAAGUGGUUAGCGGGCACAUUUGAAAAGCACAAGCAGAUUCAUAUCAGUGGUAUCGGGGUCCUCAAAGGCCACAAUAGCAUGUCCCGCAUCUUCAAAGAAGCAAUGAGGAUUCUAGACCACGACAAAGCUUGGUCGCGUCAGGCGGAUGCUAUCAAAUGGUCAUUGCAUAAAAUAAUGGAAGGGAAUGCCCCGUCGUUUGCCGAUGGGGAAGUCGCGACAAAUGAAACUGUUACUUAA